AUGCUAAAAGCAGUUACGACUGAAGAUCCACAGCUAAAUGAGCUACAGUUUCCAAGGCUUAAGCUCCAUUUCCACGUCCACUUGAAAGGACUCCAGGUUUCGGCAGCGUUUUUCAACGUCCUCCUAUUGGUGAGCACUGCCACCAAGUGGUCGAUUUAUUAUGUGCACUUUGACCGUCUUUUCACUUACCUCCUGCCUUUCAGUGUGUCGGUCUUGUCUGCAUAACCAUCAGUAUCUCCGUUACCCUGCUGGCAAAUUAUGUAGUGAGGGCAUUCCCCUUUAAUUUGGCCACAGCGUCGAUCCUGCUCCUCCUUCUCGGGGUUUUCACUUCCGUGGUCAGUCUUUUCACCCCGGCUGAGCUGCGGAAGAGAAGAGGCAGGGCGGUGGGCAAGGUAGGAACACGAUCAUUACGUAUCCCCUCAAAAAACGUUCUAUUUUAGUAUACUGUGGCGGUGGUGGUUAUUCUGUUCUUCUUGUGUGGCAUAAUCGUCGGUCUCUUUCAGGGAGCCCAGCGAGUCAGUAAAUGAAAAAUGUUUGAAGUACCUUUAAAAACUUUAGAUGCAAAUGUUGGCCGAAGUCAGAAUUCACCGGAUUUAUGACGAGAAAAACCAUUCAGUCUAUGCACGAACGUCUGUAUUUUUGACAGAAAAUCAGGUGAGUGCCUGAAAUCUUCCAAAGCAAACCUGCUAUAUGUGUCCUUAAGUUACAUUGUUGUGGCCGCGACAGAUCGGAUUUCUAUCCAACCGACAAUUUACCAAUCAGUUGUUGUGCGGAUCUCGCUACUAAAUGUACUGCUGACAAGGCUUUUAAAAUGGUAAAUCUGUGA